AUGAACACUGAACUCCAACAGGUCCAAAAGGUGUGGGACCGUACGCGUCCCAUCAGUCCCAUCUAUGAAUUUCUUCUAAAUGAAGUUGAGAUGUAUGAUGCGGAAAAGGGCGUGGUCCGGGCUCGACUUCAAGUUGCCCCUCGUCAUCUCAAUUCCAAGCGCACUUUACAUGGGGCUUUUUCGGCCACUGUAACUGACUGGGCAGGUGGAAUGGCCAUCGCUUCACACGGCUUGGAUGCUACAGGAGUUAGCACUGAUAUUCACGUCACCUAUCUCUCAACAGCGACCGAUGGGGACUGGUUGGAGAUCAGAGCCAUGCCAACAAAGUUGGCAACUCUCUUGCAUUUACAACUGUAA